GAAUAAUAUACAUUACCAGGUUUGUAUUUAAUAGGAGAGACAAUUCGUGGGGGUGUCGAAGCGUACGCGACGGAGUGUGUACGGCAAAUCCCACAAUCCCGAAUCUCCACCCUUUCCAUAUUCGGCGUCGACGUCUCAUCAGAGGGAUAUUUAGCCCCGUAUAGUGCGUGUCGUGGUGUAGCAGCGUAGCCAGCCAACCAUCAACCAACCAGCCAAACCCAACUCUGUACGAACCGUAACCGUAGCGGCCACUGUGCGAUUCAAGUUGGGCUAUAAAAGCUCUCUCCCAGAACCCCGAGAGCGUCAUACGCCGGUAGUACAUUCAACGGUAAAGAACUCAACUGAUAUAAAAAAUAUCGCAAGAAAGACACCUGACUCCAAAGACGAGGGUCGCCGAAUUCAUCAGUAAAACAACAACAGAAGAGAAAAAAAAAAAAACAAACAAAUCAAAAGGGUUGAACCGGAAAUCGGUUGACAAAAUAUCAUCGUAUACACCGCAGGCAGGGUUGUAAUUGAAAGAAAGACAAAAAAAAAGUUCUAGAAAAUACGUGUUUCAAACAAAAAAAAAAAGAUUUAAAAAUUAUUCAAAUUGUGAUAGUACCGGUAUUCUGUCUAAAAAAAAAAAAAAUAUAUAUUAUUGCACCAGUUAAUUGUUCGCACAAGUUUUCCCCAGUGAUAUUUGUUUAAUUUUUAGUUUUAUUGUCGAUAAUUUCCACACACACCCCAAGGUUUUUGAAAUAAUUUUAAAUCCGUGAACUUCAUCGGCGUAAAUUUGAAAUAAACUAAAACAAACGAAUAAAUAAAAUAAAAUAAAGUACAGUAAUCGAGUAGAAAAUUCGCAUAUCUGGUCACCGCUUGUUAAGUGUGCACCGAUCAAUUUGUAAGGGUAGGAAGACUGCGCGCGGGUACAUAAGUCGGUCGACGUACAAGAUGUUUUUGGUCAACGUAUUAGCAGCAGCCUCCGUCAUCGGGAUUGUGCACUCUGCACCGACAUCGACGUAUCGACGGAGAGAUCUCCAGUUGGCCAAUGGUCCAGAAGUUCUGUUUUUCAACCAGGUUCACGGGCUUGAGGAUGCGGAUGUGUUCGAGUCGGAUCCCGGCCGAAGCGUGGGAGGAUCUCGUAUGAAGAGGUUGGGCUCUUUGUCGAUUGUAAAUCCCAUGGACGUCCUCAGGGAACGUGUUCUUCUGGAAUUGGCGCGUAGAAAGAUGCGUCAGAAUCAGAGACAGGUCGAUGCGAACAGGCGUCUUCUACAAACGAUUGGAAAACGCGCGAUUCCAAAUACGGCGCAAUUGAGCAUGCAGGACGCAAACGGAGAUCCUGAUGCCAAAGGUUUUGCUCCGUCAAAGGCUAAUGAAUACCUUUACGCCUAUCGCCGUGGCGUUUCUGAAAUCAACGAUCUUGAUUCAGAACGUCAUCGCGUCGAUCAACAAUCGCAGCUCAAUUCCGAUCGAGGUACCAACGAUCAAGAAGUUUGGGAAAACCACGGCGAGGAUCCAGUCGUACAGGAAGUCGAAGACGAUCAAACACGAAGGCUGGCCAACGAACUAAACCUAUUGUAAUGAUUCAUUCAAUGAUCUCGAAGAAUGAUAACUGAUUGACAGCUUCGCUUUUUAUGUGGCUCUCAAACGGUAAUAGUUUUAGAUGUUGCAAUUAUAUUCAGUAUCGUUUACAGUAUUCCUUUAAUCUAAAAAACCGAGAAAAACCAAAAUUAAAAUUAACAGAUAGAUAGAUUUACGUGUUUGCUAAUUACUCUUUCAGUACAAAAUAAAAUAAAAAUAAGUUACAAUUAGUUGUCACUGAAAAACCUGUAAAAGAUUAUAUAAUAUUAUAUAAACAUAUAUAUAAACAUUUACGUAUGCAUAUAUGUAAUUACACUCGUAUACUUAUACGUGCAUACAUAUAUACAAACGUAUUAAAAUUAUACGCAUGCGUAUUUUACGUUUAUUAACGACUUUUUCAAUUCGAAAAUUAUUUAAACGAAUGGUGAAACUGAACAGUAUUAAAGCAUUGAGAUUUUUCUAAAGAGAAUCUUUUCGAUCGUAUUAGAAAAUUCAUCCAGUCGUAACAAAUAUUUAUUGACAAGUAAUGGGAAUAAUAUUAUAUCACUGGAACGAAACUAGAAAAUUGUAUUCGAAAAAUCUGAUAGACGACAAAAUAAAAAGCAGAAAACAAAAAAAAAUACUUAUAUUGACACAAUGUACGUGCAUCGAUGUUAGUGUUAUAAAUAUAUUAUACAUAGAUCUAUUAGGCAUAAAAUUGACGAAUAUGACACGAGACACGUAACAAGAAAUAAGAAAAAACAAACUGGAGAAAUAUAUAAAUUAAUAAAUGCAUGUACCAGGGACACUAAAUUAAAUAUAACUUGCCGACUAUUACUGCGUAACUAUACUAUAUAAUACCGUCAAUAUGAUAAUAUGUAUAUGCUGGUUAUGAAUUAUUAUAGAUAAUUAUCAUUUUUCAAUGUAUGUAUAUUUAUUUCUUGUGACGUGUACAGAUAUAAUGAAUAGCGAGGUACUAUAUCUUUACACAGACACACACAUGUACACAUACUAUAUACUAUAUAAUAUACAUUUAUGUACACACGCGCACACAUACCUAUAUUAUACCUAUAUAAACACAAAAGCACACGCAGAGAGAGAGACAUACAUAUAUGAUUAUUUAUGUAAUACGUAGGUUUCCAUUAUUUAUGAAUAUUUGUACUAUUUAUUUUAGAUGUGUAGACUAUUUAUUUACCUGAUUAUUUUUUUUU